AGAAAAUAAAUUAUUCAACUUUGUCUGUUAAAAACCCAACCUUCAUAAUUUUUUCCUCCUCGUUCCUUCCUUCCUUCAUUCUUAUCAUAUACACACACAGAUAACCAAACAGUUACUGCUUAUCACAACAACAACAGCGAAAAAAACCCUAAUCAGUUAAAAGAAGAAGAAGAACUUGAUCAAUACAACGAAAAUCUUAAGAAUUGGAUUGGAGAAAUUAAGAAUGAGUUGUUGAUUUUGGAUUCGAGGAGACAACCCUAGGUUGUUUGAUUUUAGUUUUUAUUUAUAUACGGAGAGGAGGGGAUUUUUUUUUUAGGUAAAUAAAUUUAUAGAAAUAUGGCUGAAGAAGGAGAGAUGGGUAUUGUAGUAAACGGAAUGGAUGAUGAUUUAUAUGAUUAUGAUAGAGUUGCUGAUGUUGAAGAAGAAACCGAGAUGGAUGAUGACGCUGAUUCGUUUAAUAAGGCGACUGAUACGACUGCGAAGCAAGCAAGGAAAGGGAAAGAUAUACAGGGGAUUCCAUGGGAAAGAUUGAAUAUAACCAGGGAUAAGUACAGGAAGACGAGGAUUGAACAGUAUAAGAAUUAUGAGAAUAUACCUUCAUCUGGAGAACUCAUAGAUAAGAAAUGCAAGGAUAUAGAAAAAGGCCCACAGUACUACGAGUUUCAGCAUAACACAAGAAUGGUGAAGCCUACAAUUCUUCAUUUUCAGUUGAGAAACUUAGUUUGGGCCACUUCGAAACAUGAUGUCUAUCUCAUGUCCAACUAUGCAGUUGUUCAUUGGUCUCCUUUAUCUUGCAACUCAACGGAGGUCGUCAAUUUUUCAGGACAUGUGGCACCAACUGAGAAACACCCGGGUAGUUUGCUAGAAGGCUUUACGCAAACUCAGAUCAGUACGCUUGCUGUGAAGGACAAAUUGUUGGUUGCAGGGGGGUUUCAGGGAGAACUUACUUGUAAGCGAUUGGAUCGGCGAGGGGUUAGCUUCUGUACUAGGACAACAUAUGAUGAGAAUUCAAUCACAAAUGCUAUUGAAAUAUUUGACCACUUCAGUGGCGGAUCUCGUUUCUUGACAUCCAACAAUGAUUGUGGUGUUCGAAUAUUUGACUUGGAGAAAUUUCAGCUUCUAAAUCACUUCCGCUACCCUUGGCCAGUAAAUCACACGUCAAUGAGUCCGGAUUGCAAGUUAAUUGCGGUUGUGGGUGAUCACCUUGAUGGUUUACUUGUCGAUUCACAGAAUGGAAAGACAGUGUCUUCAUUAGUAGGCCACCUUGAUUAUUCAUUUGCCUCGGCAUGGCAUCCUGAUGGUCGCAUCUUUGCAACUGGAAAUCAAGAUAAGGCAUGCCGAGUGUGGGAUCUUCGAAACUUGUCCUCACCAUUGGCAGUUCUCAAGGGCAACUUGGGUGCUGCCAGAUCCAUCCGUUUCUCAUCAGAUGGACAGUUCAUGGCAGUAGCUGAACCUGCCGAUUUUGUUCACGUCUACAGUACCAAGGGGGAUUAUAGUAAGCGACAAGAGAUAGAUUUCUUUGGGGAAAUUUCAGGAAUAUCACUUAGUCCUGAUGACGAGUCUCUUUUCAUAGGAGUCUGGGACCGGACAUAUGCCAGCUUACUUCAGUAUAGUAGAAAACACUAUUACGGCUAUCUAGAUUCCUGCUUAUAAACUUGAUCUGAUUGAGAGGUGUUCGUUUACACCGUUCACAAUCCAUGAAUCUUCGCCCCCUUAAUGGACUUGCAUGAUAAAGGAAAGGUUAAGCGUAGUGGUGUUAGUAUGCCGCAAUUUCACUUUCCUGAUCUUAAUAAGAAGACAAAGAAAGCAUUCAGGCUCAUUUUUUAUUUCUGCAAAGCUUUCCAUCAAGGGGUAAUCAAGGUUCAUUAGUUAUUAAGCUGAAGCAUAGAGGGACCAUCUUGUGUACAACAUUAAAUGAGUCAUUAUCUGUUGCAGAACGUGGUUUUUUUUUUUUUUCUCAAGUCAGGAUGUCGGUGUACAGAUAGAGUGAACCUCCAAAAAAAAGAAUCUAUAAUGUAUACAUGUGCAGGAGUUAUUCCUCUCUUAGUAUCAAUUCUUAAAGCUUUUACUGUCUAAA